AUGAUGGAGCAGUCACCCUACGUCAUCGCCAGGGACCUGGCUCAGGUAGAAGAGAUUCUCAAAGGAAUCGCCCGACGAGAUGAAUGCGUUCAGUGUGACGAUAGCUCAAAGCUCAAAUGUCCCGCGUGCCCUCAGGGCCAGAUCUGCCAGUUCACGGUUCCCAUGAACUGCAAGCAAUGCGCCAAGUCAUUCUGCAUGAAGGACGACGUCCCGCCCAACCCCGGCGGCGGCGGCGGCGGCGGCGGCGACAGCGGGAGCAAGGGAAGCAGUGGCCCCAGCGCAGGACCCAUUGCAGGAGGUGUUGUUGGCGGCAUCGCGGCCAUUGCCAUCAUCACGUAUCUUAUCUGGCGGUUUGUGAUCAAGCCGAAGCGAGCGUCGAAUCCUCACCACCCGGGCUACGAGACAGAAGCCGGCGCGGCCCGGCACAUGGAGAAGGAUGACGGCUCGAGGAUGACGCGACGCUCUUCCACCCACACGGUCCACUCCAUCGCGUCCACGGUUCUCACGCGAGCGUCCAACAUUAUCCAGAUUGCCUACAUUCCCGGCGUGACGAACCGAGCGACGCCGACGUCGCCCAGCGUUCUGGUGCCGCCGGUGCCCCCGAUCCCGAUGCAGCACUCGGGCGGCGGGGGCGGCGGGGGCGGCGGCCAGAGCAGCAGCGCGCAAGGCGACCAGCACUUUUUCGUGCCCGGGAACCUGCGGGACUCGACGUACUCUGGCAUCUCGGCGUUUUCGGACCGCACCUCGUACGCGCCGCGGUCGAGCAUCGCGUCCACCAUCUACGGCAGACAGGCCCAGGUCCAGAGCCCGGCGCAGACGGGCAUGCGGGCCAAGCCGACCGUCGUCAGCGUCAGGUCGGCCGCCGCCAGCGCGCCAAACACGCCGCCGGUACCCGCCAUCGACUUUGACAAGUUUGGCGGCGGGCCCGACCGCCCGGAGAGCUUCGCGAGCACCUUUAGCGUCGGCACCGCGUACCUCAACAACGCAAACACGGCGACGCACGCGCGGGCGCAGGUGGUCAAGCUCGGGGCGGGCCUCAAGAAGGUCGACAUUGCCGCCAGGUCGGACGGCAGCAGCCAGUCCUCGGCCUCGCUGGUGUCUGUGUCGUCGUCCAAGGCGAGCCCGAGCCCAAGCCCGAGCCCGAGCCCAAGCGCGGUGCCCGCCGCCGCGGAACCGGCCUCGAGCGACCAGGGGCCGUUCUCAGACCCUCCCGAGCGACGAACGGCCAUCAGCACACCCACGCUGGGACCCGUGCCCGAGGAGGCUGAGGAGCGCCGCGCGCCCGACCAGACCAACCGGCCCGCCUCUGCAGACCGGGGGCGAAGCCCCUUUGGCGACGAGCACGCCACCCAAGAAUGA